UGAAGUCUCGUUACUUCUGUGUUAUGAUCUCGCCGCCGGAAGUAUCGCGGGAAUUGCUUAGAGCGCCAUUUAAAACACGUAAAGUCGUCGUAAGGGCAGCGACUGCGACCCGUUAACCGGACAGAGCGACUCACGGUCCCUCGGUGACCCACCCCCCACCAGCAUGGCGGAGGAGCUGGACGUGGAGGCGAUGCUGGAGGCUCCCUACAGGAAG